AUGUAUAUUCAAACUAUAGUGAUCAGCGAUGAAUUUUUAAAAUAUAAUUUAAAUGUAAUAGAUGAUAGUGAUACAGACGAGGAAAUUGAUACUAUUUUCCUGACAAGAUAUCGACACAGAUUGCGUGGGACACGAAAGAAGCCAUUGCGCAUUAUAAAUUAUGUAGACAGAACUGUUCCAGGUCUAACGGUAAAACAAUUUCGUGAGCAUUUUCGCAUGAUUCCUGAUAUAUAUGAGAUUCUAGAAGGAAAAUUAAAUUUUUUACUAAACCAUAAGAAUCAUUUGGGCAGACCUAUCAUUCUUGUUCGCAAACAGUCUGCAUUGUGGCUUCUCGCUACUCCUAAUUCCUACAGGUCUGUAGAUGAGCGAUUUGACAUAGGAAAAUCAUCUGCAAGUGAUUCUUUUAUGAGAGUUGUUGAAGCCUUAAUGAUAUUGCUGUUGACGUCAUUGUCUGGCCCCGAGACCGGCGUAUUGCUGUUCAAGAGAAGUUUCAGUAUUGGAAAGUUACCAUAUGUAAUAAGAGCUAUAAAUGGAACAAACAUACUAAUCAAAGCUCCAAAGGCAUUUUGAUGGAGAAAAAAGUGGAACAGAAUAAUAAUUCCGUUUUAAUUUUUCUCUGUAAAGUGUUUGUCAUACAGAAUCUGAAAAAGAAGAACAGAUUUCCUUUUACUAUUCCAUUCUAUUUCUAUCUCUAUUAGGGUACACCUUUAGAAUAAUAUUUCUAGCUAAAGUCUGAUUUUUCCAAAAUCGGUUAAUUUUAAUCUUGUUGAUAAUACUUUUAUUUUCUUUUUCAAAACUUAUUUUAGAGAUAAAGAUAUAGUUACUAACGAUUACAAUUAUGUGACAUUGGAAUAUUGGAACAACUUUAAGAUAGACGCACACUUCCAUGCUCUAUAAGUAAAGACAAGGAAUACGCAAUAACAUUACAAGCAGUGUGUGAUGCAGAACUUCGAUUCUUAGAUUGCUUUGUUGGAUUUGCUGGAUCAGGGGAGAUCGGCGUGUUUUUCGAAAUUCAGAUAUAUGGAAGGAAGUCAAUGCAAACAGAGCAUUCUUUUUUGUAGAGCAGGAUUAUAUUAUUGGAGACAAGGAUUAAGCUUCAUGUUUGUCAUGGUUGAUAUCACCAUUCAUUAAUUUAGGCCAACUUACACAAACUCAGAUAAAAUUUAACACAGCAUAUGCCAGUAUGAGACAAGUUAUUGAAAGAGCAUUUUUGUUGCUAAAAGGUAAAUGGAGACGACUAAAAUUCUUGGAUAUAAAUCGUGAUGACAUGAUUCCCUUUGUCAUUCUGGCAAGUAUACUACACAAUAUUUGUCUUGAUAAUGGAUUGGAAGAUUAUGAAGACUUUUUAUUAUCGAAGGACACGAUGAUGACAAUGAUGAUGUUUAUAAUAAUCAUUUUAAUAGGCAACCAGUAAACUUCCAAGACAAUCCUGAGGGUAUAUUAAAACGACAAUAUCUUUCUAUUGUCAUUUGCUGAUUCAGACUCUACAUCAAAACACAGGGUUGCCUCGCUUUUUUAUAUCCCACAGAAUCUAUGCCGAUAUCUUGUCAGAAAAAUAGAAAACAUUUCCUUGUCUGUAUUACUAUCACUUGUCUGUAUUUUUGUUUAUGUCUAUAUUAAUGUGAUAAAUAAAGUUUUGAUAUUU